CUGAGAGCCGCGUUCCUUCCCCUGACUGAAGAGGCGUUGUUCCUCUUGGUUUCUGCUCACUCUGCGACUUCACCGACACAAAUUUCCGCUUCCUGCACCGACGAAAAACACCCGGAGCAGAGCGCACACGGAGCCGCCGCGAAGUUUCAGCGAGGACGGGGACGGCAAGGCUUUCGCUCUCCCCGCUCUCGGGCACAAACUCGGCCAACCGUCGGGCAUGUUUCACACGGUUUGCCGUUGAUCAGCGCCACACGGAGCAACUUUCCGUUAGCGCUCGCGAGCGUUGACCCGUCCGCUGCAGUUGGAGGUUGAAUCGUUUUGAGGACCCCGCGAAGGAAGGAAGGAAGGACCGACGCUCUCACGAAGGAGGACUCAUUCGGGUGGCUACCCCACCGCUAUCGUUACACACGACUGAAAGAGCCCCCAUUUUUCAGCCUCCAGGAUGUCGGAGCGAGGAGGGCUCCCGCGGACUGGGGGCGUCCCUUCGCCGCACAUGCAGCCCUCCAAGCCGGUCAGCAUCACCUCCAACCGGCCCGUCCAUAUGAACCUCUACGCCACCUGGGAGGUCGACCGGUCCUCGCCCAGCUGCGUGCCGAGGCUCUUCAACCUGACCCUGAAGAAGCUGAUCAUGCUGAAGGAGCUGGACAAAGAUCUCACUUCGGUGGUCAUCGCCGUCAAGCUGCAGGGCUCCAAACGGAUCUUGCGCUCCAAUGAGAUCCUGCUCUCCUCGGCAGGACUGACGGAGACCGACUUGCAGCUCACCUUCUCCCUGCAGUACCCGCAUUUCUUGAAGAGGGAUGCCAACAAGCUUCAGAUCAUGCUGCAGCGCCGGAAGAGAUACAAGAACCGGACCAUCCUGGGCUACAAGACCCUGGCUCUGGGGCUCAUCAACAUGGCCGAGGUGAUGCAGCACCCCAGCGAGGGGGCCCAGGUUUUGGGGCUCCACAGCCAGCUGAAGGAUGCCUCUGUCCCCGUCGCCGAGAUCAGAGUCUACUCCCUGUCCAGCCAGCCCAUCGACCACGAGGGACCCAAAGCGAAGAUGUCUGAUCGCUCCCCAGACAUUGACAAUUAUUCUGAAGAAGAGGAAGAAAGCUACUCAUCUGAACAGGAGGGCAGCGAUGACCCUAUUCAUGGGCAGUAUUUGUAUGACGAAGAUGACGAGGUGAGGAAGAAGAAGCCGCGGCGUAAGCUCCCUCCCAACGCCGGCAGCACCAGGCAACCCAACAUCAAGCAGAAAUUUGUCGCCUUGCUGAAGAGGUUUAAAGUCUCCGAUGAGGUUGGUUUCGGGUUGGAGCACGUGUCGAGGGAGCAGAUCCAGGAGGUGGAGGAGGAUCUGGACGAGCUCUACGACAGCCUGGAGAUGUACAACCCCAGCGACAGCGGGCCGGAGAUGGAGGAGACCGACAGCAUCCUCAGCACACCCAAACCCAAGCUGAGGCCGUUUUUUGAAGGAAUGUCCCAGUCCAGCUCACAGACAGAGAUCGGCAGUCUAAACAGUAAAGGCAGUCUGGGUCGAGAUACGUUCAGUCCACAGGGGGAGCAGCCUCCCCUGGAGAAGAUGAAACCCUCUCGCAGUCGCAACCUGGACGAGAUCCCGUCAGAGACGGACACACUGGAGCUGACAGACCAGGAGCUUUUUGCCGAAGUUGGCCCCUGCAUUACGGUGUCCGUGGCAGAGAAACCCCGUACGCCCCUGAAAAGCAGCAAAACUGAAAUGCAGCCCAUAGCAUCUCCAAGACUGGAUGGAGGCCACACGCCCAGGCACAAGCGCAGCAGCAACACGCCCAUGAAGGAGAGGCAGCUGUCCAAGCCUCUGAGCGAACGCACCAACAGCUCCGACUCGGAGCGAUCCCCGGAGCUGGGGCACAGCACGCCGGUUCUGAGGAAAGUCGUGUACGAUCAGCUGAACCAGAUUUUGUUAUCAGACUCUGCCCUUCCUGAGAGCCUCAUCUUAGUCAACGGCACAGAUUGGCAAGGGCAGUUUGUUGCAGAGCAGCUUCAAGGACAGAGACACCCGGUGGUCUGCACGUGUUCAGCUGCUGAGAUCCAGGCCGUACUUUCUGCUGUGCUCACGCGCAUACAGAAAUUCUGUAACUGUAACUCCUCCAUGCCCAGAGCGGUGAAGGUGGUGGCUGUGGGCAGCCAAAGUUACCUGGGAGCCAUCCUGCAGUUCUUCGUCACUCAGCUGGCGAACAAAACCUCCGACUGGCUCAACCACAUGCGCUUCCUGGUGGUUCCUCUGGGUGAGGAAGGCUCCACUAACAGGUCGCAUCCGGUGGCUAAACACCUCGGGUCCCUCGACAACCGCUACAGCUCCUCCUUCCUGGACGGCGCGUGGAGAGACGUGUUCAGCCGUUCUGAGCCUCCUCAGACUGAUCAGUUGGACGUUUCUGGGAGGAUCAGUCAGUACAUCAGCGGCGCCUCAGUCACUCACCAGCUGCCCAUCGCAGAAGCGAUGCUGACCUGCAAGCAUAAAACGCGGGAAGAAGAAUCUUACCAGAAGUUCAUCCCCUUCAUCGGGGUCGUAAAGGUCGGCCUCAUCGAAUCUGCGAGCUCUCCAUCAGGAGAUCCAGAGGAGGGUGUUGGAGUCAGCUUGGCCGUCCCAUCGACAUCCCCACCGUCUCACGGCUCCCCGUCAGGAAUGAUCAAAGAGGCAGCCACGCCCCCCUCGUCCCCGUCCAUGGGCAGCGUCCUCGCAGUGCAAGGGAGCCCCAGCAUGCCUCAUGGUGUGGACGCCAUCGGCCUGCAGGUGGACUACUGGUUGGCUUCGCUGGCGGACAAGCGGCGGGAGGGCGAGCGACGCGACACAGGCUGCAAGAACACGCUGAAGAGUGCCUUCCGCUCACUGCAGGUCAGCAGGCUACCAGGAGGGGGCAGCAGCGACCCGCAGACCCUGGUUAACACCAUGGCCAUGACCGUGGUCACCAAGGAAAAGAACAAAAAAGUUCCCACCAUCUUCCUGGGAAAGAAGCCCAAAGAGAAGGACAUGGACUCCAAGAGCCAGGUGAUCGAGGGCAUCAGCCGCCUCAUCUGCUCCGCGAAGCAGCAGCAGACCAUCUUGAAAGUGUCCAUAGAUGGCGUCGAGUGGAACGACGUCAAGUUCUUCCAGCUGGCCGCGCAGUGGCCCACUCACGUCAAGUACCUACCGGUCGGACUUUUCGGCUACAGCAAGCCCCCGUCGUAGGACCGAGCUUUAACUCCUCUCACUGCCCCCCUCCCUUUUUUUUUUCUUCUUUUGCACAAAACACCUGCAGAGAAAACGGGGAGCAAACAGACGGACCGUUUUUCUUUCUUCAAUUCCACCAAAAUGAAAGGGGGGGAAAAAAAUCACAUUCGUCUUAUUUCUCUAUGGAGGAGGAGGAGGGCGCUGGAGUGCAACGCUGUUACAAGUCACUUUAAUGCUCUUUUUUUAAGUGUGUUUGUGUGCGGAUUAGGUGUGCAUGCACACGUGAAUGUACAUUAUGUUUGUGUGUGAGUAUGCGUGAGAUUACAAGGAUAUCACAGCACAAGGUUAUUAGCUAGCCGCCAUUUUUGUUUCCGUUUUAAGGAAAGCAGCAGCAUGAAAAAGAAAAAAACAAAAAAAAUUGACCUACUUUAAGCCCUUACUCUCUAAACAGGACGCUUGUAGACUUCAUCACACCACCUGAUCGACACACGACCUGCGUGCCGGAAACAGUCACUUCUGCUUCAGUUUGCAUGGGCAAUCCAACCACGAAGACUCUUUUGCUCGAAAGGCAUAAAAACAUCAUUUCCACACAAAAAUUGAUCCACUAAUGUACUUCUAUUUUUUUUCAUUUCAAGGGCUUCCAUUUAGCAGUUUUUGUUCUGUAUAUAAAAAAAGAACUAUUUAGAUGUUCAAAUGCCAAAAAAAAGAAGAAAGAAAAACAAACUACAUAGAUACAAGGGGGAAGUGUCUUAAUUUAGAGUAGUGCUCUUGUGAAAACCCCUUAUCAAUGCCGUGUCGUGACUCGUAGUGGUGAAUCUGACGUGCCGUUUUUCUUUCUCUUCAAUCGCUAUGCACUUCUGAACACACACGGACCAUUUGAAUGACUUGAGCUGGCGAUAAGGCAUAAUAACCUGACGAAAUAUGCAGCAGGUACAACUGCUAAGAGCAAAAUGCAUGCUUUGACAGCCCCAACAGCAUUGAAGGGAAUAUGUCGGGAGGGGGAAAAAAAAUGCUUUUAUUAAUUUUUUUACCGUAUCCGUUUCUAGAUAGAAGCACAAAUGUCAGUUUAAUUUAUUAUGCCACUUUUUUUUUUUUUUUGGGCGACAGUAAAAACAGUAGACCUGAAGCAAAUAUUAGUACUUCCCCUGAGACUUCCUGCUGACACUUCAUUAGGGGAAACCACUGAGUUAUUUGAGUGCAGGUCUGUUUUCUCCAGGACGUUGUGACUCGACUGUACAGUAAGAGAGUAACAAAUGUAAUAAAACACAACAUGGUCAAAAACCUGACGGUUUCAAAAAAUAGUAACAAUAAUCAAAAAGUAUGAUAAAUAGUUUUCUAUAAUGUGCUGGGAGACGUGUAGUGUGUGUGUGUGUGUGUGUUUUGAUGAUGUGAUUAUCGGUAUCACUGAUUAUCUGAUUAGGGCUGCAGAAGCUGCAGUGGUCAUCUUGUUCACUUUGUAGCUGCACACAAGGCAAAAUGCUGGGGUUGACCUUUUUAAAAAAAAAUUACAAAAGAAUCCAGCUAAUAUAAACUAUAGAAAUUCUCCAAAUAUAAUGAUCUAUUCAAAUGAUUGACUUGCGACGUUUAUGAAAAACGCAUCGCCUUGUGUCGUCUACAUCGUAACGCUCUCCAUCGCCACUGAAGUAUUACGGAAAAUAGUUUUUUAAAAUAGUGUUAAUGCUGAUCUCUUUAUUUAAAAUAGUUUAUUUGACAAUAGAGAGGAUUAUAUGUUUUUCUGUGUUGAUGUUACAGUGUUACAGUUGUGAUGUCAGCAGCGUGUCUUUUUUGUUUGUUCGGCGCCACCUGAUGUAUGAAUCUUCUCAGUUCGCAGAUCACACUCUGUCUGCUCCUGAUCAACUUUUAAUAAGUUAUUCUUCAUAUCUGAAUGUGUCUUCUUUGGUUGCUCUUCACUGAGUUUUAGAACUGAAAUAUUCCACUGAUUAUGCUUUUGGCAAGCCAGUCUUCCUGAACUCUGUUUUAUUUUUCGUUUUGAAUGGACGUUAUCGGCUCGGUUUUAGUCGUCCCUGAACAUCAGUUGAUGUUGUAGUGUUGAUUUGACCUAGAUGUUGCUCAAACUCAACCUGAGCUCAAGGUUUCAUUCCAAACAGAAACACUAGGCUUUGAUGUGUUGUUUCAGAAGAAAACUACACUAAAUUAAAAAUAAUAAUAACGAUGACCAAGAACUAAAGUUUGUAGCAAAUUAAUGGAAACAAGUUUUGGAUCCUCAAGUUCUCAACUCGAGCAAUGUGUGCGUUUUGUUUACUAUAACCUUUUUAAAACAUUUAAGAAAAAGUAUGCGGUUACACACAGAACCAAACGAGCACUUUAUAGUGUAUAGGCUUUAAAACUGGGUAGCUUUAAAGUACAGUAAAAUAACACACUAUAUAAUCUGCUUUAGUGUCAUAAACUGCAAUAUUCAAUUUUCUUGACGCCCACAGGUGUUUUGCCCCAAAGAAGAUUCUGCUGAUUUUUGUAGACAGGUUUGCUGAAAGGCUAGGCUAAGGUUAGCAUCUGUGAUCUGUUUUGGCUUGGCUGGCGGCAUCUUUCAGUGUGACUCUAGUCAGUUGUUUACAGAUAAAAAAAAAAGAUGCUGAAAAGCUGUCACCCUCCUGCUUUAGAAACCGAGCGCUCCGCCUCGAUCGUCACACAUUUCAAUGAAUGGCGUCUCGGCUGCUCUCUACUGAGUUUUUCCUGAAGCCACAUCUUUCCAGGCGCAACGAGCAGACUGAAUAGAAGCUGCAGCAGCCAGUAUGGUCUCCUCACAUUCUUCACUGUGAGCAUCGUUGUAAAAGAGUCGCAGCACUUGAAUGUUCAUGGUCACCAUUUUUAAAAAGCGGCUGAACAAGUUCUAGUCGACGGACGGUACACAAACAACCAGCACAGGGGGCUGAACUUGGUGCGGAGCACUGAUUAAAACCACAAUCCAUUUCUUAGGACCAAAUCAGGACUUCUUCGUUCUCUAUUAUAGAUUUUAAAGCUCUACUCGUCAGAAAGCCGAUGUACCCUCAAUAGUUUUGGCUAUAAUGUGCCUAAGAAAGUAAUUAAAUUCUUCUUGUACAAGCUAAAACUAGCUAAACCAAAUAAAACAAACUGGUAUGCUUGAAGUAGCAUUCAAUUACAUAACCCAUCUUCCUUUGUACCUUUAUUUACUUUGUCACCCUGUUAGUUUUUAAAUCCUGCAGAUAUCUUUUAUGUUCACAGAGCGAUUGUAAGACAAUUGUUAAAAACGAAUAUUCAGCUCGCUCCUCACUGCCCCAAACUGGUCAGUCAAUUCUUGGUCAUAUGAGAGAAUCAUUCACCAAAACAGGGAAGCCUAAAACUUGAACACCAUUAUGCCUUCUAACAACUUUCCCCAAUUCUGUUCCUACUUCUUACAAGUCUAGAUUAAGCCGUUAAAGAUUUAGUAAAAUUGAGAGAAAAUGUGUGCAUUUGGAAUGAAAUCUUCUGUGUUUCUAUGUAUCCGUUGGAGAUUUAUGACCUAAAGCCCAGUUCAGAGCAACAAUUUGUACUCUUGUCAAAAAGUGUUCUGUGUUCAGGUUAUUGCAACAGUUUGGUUUCCGUAUUUAUGGAUUAAUCCUCUGUUUGCCACAGAAGGAGGCCAGAGGUCAACGUACAUUGGAAACAUCUCACUGAAUACUGCUCCUAAAUGAAAGUUUUAAUUAUUAUAGUAAUAUUUUCAGGGUUGGUUGUUAUAUUUUCUUGGAUUUUGUCUAAAACAGUGUUUAUCGUCAUUUCAGCGAACGGCAAACAGCCUAAUGUUUCCUACAGUCUCCUUGGAGAUGCCGGUUGUUCUAUGUGUAAGUCGUCAACUUGUUGCUGUGAGCGAUUCCUUCGCCCGUACCUCCGUGUUUGUGUCGGCCAGUGAUUGUCGCCGUGGUUCGUCCGUCUGUGGUUGGAGAUUACGAGCCGUUCCGUGUGUCUGUAAUCUCUCUCGCUCUCUCUGUGUGUGAUCAGCUGAUAUGUCUUUUUCACCAGGCUUCCACAAGCUCACCUCCCUGGGAAAAACACACCGUCCCCUGUUCCUUCGCAGCUUGUAAAUCGCCCGUCUGUCCUCAGAGGAACGCAGGCGGGUUUGCUUGUUCAAAGCGGUCGAUUUCUGCCUGACGAGGUUUUGCUGGGACCAGAGCCUCCUGAGCUUGUGGGCUUGUGAAGAGUAUUUUGCACAUACCAUUUUUUUUUCUUCAGCAGCAGUUUUUUUUCUUUUUUGCCGUCUGCCUAUAACAGCAGUUAUAACAAACCAACUAUUAUGCUUGUACAUACAAGAUAGUACUUGAUAUAUUUUUGUUCAAUUGUUUUUGUUCAUUCUACAUGUUUUGUAGUACUGCUUUUUUCCAUGAUUGCGUCUGUCGGUAGAACAGAUGUGGGGUCAACAGUGAAAGUGCUCAUUGUUUUUUUUUUUAAAAUAAAGAUAUUCCUCGUUUGUA